GAGACAGAAUUCUCAGAAGAAGAGUCUCGUCGGAGCUUCCAAUCCCAGUUUCCAAUUUCGCACCACCACCGCUAUUACUAUAGUCCAGGGCCUUUUAUUUUUGGUUUUGUUUUGGAUUCUUUUAGGGUUCUCGGGUAUGUGAUAAUUUGCUUCAGAGAGCAUUUGCCUAUCAUUCUUCUGACGGUAUGGCAACUGAGAGCCCCGUGAGAAUUGUGGAAAGUACUGGAACUGGGAAAUGGGCCUCCUCUAAGGGUGCUGCAUCAUUCAGGUCACCUUUAAAUAAUUUGGUUGCCGAUGAGUUGGGUUUACUUCUUAAGGGGAGUAAAAUUCAUGGAGAUCAUACAAGCAUGGUUCCUAAUCGUAGUGGCAGUGCACCUCCAAGUAUGGAAGGCUCUUAUGCAGCCUUCAGCAAUCUCAUAUAUCCACAGAGGUCUAGCUGGGAUUCAAGUAUGGGUAGUUCAGGCAGGGCCUUUGACUGUUAUCAGACUGGCAGGCAACUAGGUGUUGAUCCAUCCAAUUUUGGAUUUGCUUCCUCCAAUAUUGACUUGAGUGCAAGGUUUCCUCAGUCUACCAUGUCAAGGGAGAGUUGGCACCAGGUACACGACAUUGGCACUCUCAGCAACAGUUGGGGUUUAACACCUUCUGGAAGCAGUGGUGAUGGAUCUUUACUCUUGGCUAGAAGUUCUCUUUCCACUCAUCCUGAGGAGCCUGAAGAUGAUAACUCAACCCAGCAAGCUUCGGAUGAUUGGGCUGAAAAUAGUACUUCUAUUCCUGAACAGAGCAUAUUCUCUCUAUCUGGCCGCCAUAAAAGUUUGGUGGACUUAAUACAGGAAGACUUUCCUCGCACACCUUCACCGGUGUACAAUCAGUCUCGUUCAGGGCAUGUUACAACAGAUGAACCAAUUGAUGAUGAGGUCCAAGCUCUUGAACUGCACAAUCUUUCUCUUGAUAUCUCAAAGUUACCUGAAUUAAAAUCACCUUCAGAUUCUGGUGCUAGACUUGAAAUUUCUCACAAGUUAAAAGCCAUUGAUGAUUCCUGCACUACCUCCUUGCCAAAAACAUCUUAUCUUGACAACCUAGAGAGGUCUCCUUCAACUCAAAAGGAUGACAGAAGUAAGGACCAGUGCUUGGAAGUUGAGGUUAUGAGAGGUCAUCCCUCUACGUCUGAUGAUAGAAACAAACAAGAAAACAAAUUCUACGAGAAGAACAUACUGCAGCAGCAGCUUCCUUUCUCUCAACAAUGCUCUCAUUUCCAAUUUCAGACGUCUCAAGAUCAGGUUACUGGUCAAGCAGUUAAUAAUAUGAGCAAUGUCCAUGGAAAAGUUCCACAAAGCCACUUUAAUUUUUCGUAUGAGGCACAGCCAGUGCUACAAUCUCCUGGGUUCACGCCUCCUCUGUAUGCUACAGCAGCAGCAUACAUGGCUUCAGGAAAUCAAUACUAUUCCAACUUAAGUCCAACUACUUUAUAUGCUCCACAGUACAGUAUGUCUGGAUAUGCAUUAGGUUCUGGUUUUAUUCCCCCCUUUGUGGCUGGAUAUCCAUCACAUACAAGCCUCCCAAUGCAUUUUGAGACCAGUUCUGCUCAAAGCUUUAGUGAUCAAAGUACUGGUGUUUCAACGGGGGAAAGUACUGUACAAGUGGGUGAUUUGCAACAUUAUAACAAGUUUUAUGGUCAUCAGGGGCUAAUGGUGCACCCUCCUUUUCCUGAUCCUUUUCACGUACAGUACUUUCAUCCUCCCUUGGAGGAUGCAUAUACAGCACCUUAUGGUCGUCCAUCCUCGAUGAAUAUGAUAGGGGGUCAAUUUGAUUCUUAUGCUUCACAAAAAAAUCCGAACCUUCCUGCUUAUAUUGGUGAUAGAAAAUUUCAGCCUGCACCAAGCGAAAGCAUAAGCAUUUUAAGUCCAAGAAAAAUAGGGACUCCUGGUACUAAUUACUAUGGAAGUCCAACAGGCCUAAGUUUCAUGCCACCGUUUCCUGGAUCCCCUCUUGGUAGCCCAGUACUGCCUGGAUCUCCGGUGGGAGGGACAAAUCCUUCAGGGAGGAGAAAUGACCUAAGAUAUUCUCAGGCUUCUGUGAGAAACACUGGUGUUUAUGCAGGAUGGCAAGGGCAAAGAGGAUCUGAUGGCUUCAGUGACCCCAAGAAGCAUACUUUUCUCGAAGAACUGAAAUCAGGCAAUGCUCGGAAGAUUGACCUCAUUGACAUUGCUGGGCGGAUUGUUGAAUUCAGUGUUGAUCAACAUGGAAGUCGAUUCAUCCAACAGAAGUUGGAAAAUUGUAGUGCUGAAGAGAAGGCAUCUGUCUUUCAAGAAGUUCUUCCUCGUGCUCCAAAAUUAAUGACAGAUGUUUUUGGUAAUUAUGUCAUUCAGAAGUUCUUUGAACAUGGGGAUCCUGAGCAGAGGAAGGAGCUAGCGCAUGAGCUAUCUGGGCAGAUGCUAACUUUGAGUUUGCAAAUGUAUGGAUGCCGUGUUAUUCAGAAGGCUCUCGAGGUAAUUGAACUUGACCAGAAAAUUGAACUUGUACAUGAACUGGAUGGGCAUGUAAUGAGAUGUGUACGAGAUCAAAAUGGCAAUCAUGUGAUACAGAAAUGCAUCGAAUGUGUUCCUGCAGAAAAGAUUGGUUUCGUUAUCUGUGCUUUUCAGGGCCAGGUUGCUACAUUGUCCACCCAUCCAUAUGGUUGCCGUGUUAUUCAGAGAGUAUUAGAGCACUGCUCAGACGACUCACAAACUCAGUGCAUUGUGGAUGAGAUCCUGGAAUCAGCUUAUGUUCUAGCUCAGGAUCAAUAUGGAAAUUAUGUCACCCAGCAUGUCCUGGAGAGGGGGAAACAACAUGAAAGAACUCAAAUUAUCAGCAAAUUGACUGGGAAAAUCAUAGUAAUGAGCCAACAUAAAUAUGCAUCAAAUGUUGUUGAGAAGUGUUUGGAGUAUGGUGAUGCUGCUGAAAGGGAGAGCUUGAUUGAGGAGAUUCUUGCUCAGCCAGAUGACAAUGACAAUUUAUUGACAAUGAUGAAGGACCAGUUUGCGAACUAUGUAGUUCAGAAGAUUCUGGAAAUAAGCAACGAUAGACAGCGGGAAAUAUUACUUAAUCGAAUCAGGAUACACCUGCAUGCUCUGAAGAAAUAUACAUAUGGGAAGCACAUUGUUGCUCGAUUCGAACAAUUAUCUGGUGAAGAGUGUGGGAGCUCUGAAGCUUAAUGGAUUGGGAGUAAGGAUUACGAGAACAGCUAUUUAUUUCUGACCAGCGGAAGCAUUUUGUUGCUGGUGGAGGGGACCCGAGCCUCCUUUGUUGGAGGGGAUAACAUCUCAAACAAUUGGUGUACUCUUUAGUAGCGUUGAUAUAUAUAUAUGUAUAACUGCAUGCCAUGCAUUUACUAGUAAUUGUAAUCACCAGCUUGAUGCUGCUACUAGUGGUAGCAGUGGCAGUACUAGUAAUUUUUUAUUUGGGGGCUCAAAAAAGUAGUAGUACUUGAAAACAGUACAUAUCUGUAUCCUGCGGCUCCGUCUGUAAGUUGUUCAACUAUACAAGUGUAUGCUGAUGUAUAGUGGUAAAUUAAAUGGGGGUAUUUGUUUCACUAGUAACA